CGAAGAAGAAGAAGAGAAGGUGUGACACUCCCGCCAUGAGCAGCAGUCGGACCAGAGUCUAAAGAAAUAUCCACAGAGUCCGUUAUCCAGGUUUUAGAUGGAGAUGUCUGCUGCCCGGAGUCUUCUGUCGGAAGAUACCUUCCUGUGCCCCGUCUGUCUGGAUACCUUCACUGAUCCUGUCAGCACACCUUGUGGUCACAACUUUUGCAAAACCUGCAUCAGUGAAAACUGGAACACUAAAGACCAGUACCUGUGUCCACUAUGUAAAGAGGACUUUAGCAGAAAACCCAACCUAAAAGUCAACAUGUUGCUCUCUGGGAUGGUUGCAGCUCGACUGGAGUCCAGCAGCAGCUCAGAGCACCAAGAGUCUGAACCAGGAGAAGUUCUCUGUGAUGCCUGUACUAGCCCCAAACUGACGGCCCUGAAGUCCUGCAUGGACUGCCUGGUCUCCUACUGUGAGGCUCACCUGGAGCCUCACCUGACAGCUCCACGGCUGAAAAGACACCAGCUGAUGGACCCCGUGGAGAACCUGGAGGACAGGAUGUGUACGAAGCAUGAGAAACCUCUGGAGCUGUUCUGUCAGACCGAUCAGACCUGCGUCUGCAUGCUCUGCUCCGUUCUGGACCACAAGAACCACGAGUUUGUUCCUCUGAAGGACGAAUAUCGAGAGAAGAAGGCAGAGCUGGAGGAGAAAGACGCUAAAAUCCAGCAGAUGAUCGAUCAAAGACGUCUGAAGAUUCAGGAGAUUGAGCACUCGGUCCACCUCAGUAAGGACGCUGCAGACAGGGAGAUCGCAGAAGGUGUUCGAGUCUUCACCGCUCUGAAGGAGUCUGCUGAGAGAGGCCAGGCCGAGCUCAUCAACACCAUCCAGAAGAAACAGGAGACUACAGAGAAGCAGGCCGAAGCAUUCAUCCAGGAGCUGGAGCAGGAAAUCUCAGAGCUGAUGAAGAGAAGUGCUAAGGUGGAGCAGCUCUCUCGCUCCAAAGACCACCUCCAUCUGAUCAGGACCGCCGUAUCUCUGAGCAGUACUGUGUCCUCCAGAGACUGGACCAAGGUCACUGUCCCCCCACCUCUUUAUGACCGCACUGUGGUGAAAGCUGUGGCUCAGCUGGAGGAGACUCUCAGAGAGGAGAUGAAGAAGUUGGAUCAGAUUGCAUUAAGGAGACUCCAGCAGUACGCCGUGGAUGUAACUCUGGACCCUGAUUCUGCACAUGCUCAGCUCCUCCUGUCGGAUGAUGGGAAACAAGUGCGCUAUGGUGACCUUAGGAGGGAUGUUCCCAGUAACCCCAAAAGGUUUUCCUCUUCUCCGAGUGUUUUAGGAAACCAGAGUUUCUCCUCAGGUCAGUUUUAUUACGAGGUCCAGGUAACAGGAAAGACCGGCUGGGAUUUAGGAGUGGCCCGAGAUUUCAGUAAAAGGAAAGGAACGAUCACUCUGAGUCCUCAGAGAGGUUUCUGGACUCUGGGCUUGAGAAAUGGACAUCAUUAUGAAGCUUCUGCUGACCCGAUAAAUCACCUCCCUCUGGAGUCUCGUCCUGAGAAGAUCGGUGUGUUCGUGGACUACGAUAAGGGUCUGGUCUCCUUUUAUGACGUGAACGCUGCAGCCCUGAUCCACAGCUAUAGAGACUGCUCCUUCACGAGGAAGCUCUACCCGUACUUCAGUCCCUGUGGUGGCGGUUCUGAUGAGAACUCUGCACCCAUGAUCAUCUCUUAAGUCAGACUGAAAUAUUGUCCUGGUCGGUGUAUUUUUGGAUUUUAAUUUGAAAUGAGAAAAACAAAACCAAGAACAAAAACGUAAAAUAAACCUGCAGAUAACAUUCUCUCCAUCUUUCAAGGCAGAGCUUGUUAAAAUUGGAAUCUGAUAAAAAACAAAAACAGUUUUAGUUUCUUUUACUGUUUUUACUUGUUUCUAUUUUCCAAAAAGAGUUUAAAUCAAUGAGAAAAGUUCAUUUUUCACCUUUAUAUGUUUUUAUGUUCUGAUCAGAUCAGAAGGAGCAAAAAAUGGAAUAGGGAUGCAGGAUAUUAUCCGUCUGGUAUCGGCAGGUAUCAAAAUUUCUGCCAGUAUUUACAUGAUAUUUUACCUGUGCAUUUCAGUGUAGAUCGACUGUAAAUUUUAUCCAUAUAUCCUAAUAAAUCAGUGGAGUUUUAGUCUGAACCAACAGACCUGUGUCAGGUAAGGUCUUUUCUUUAUUCAUCCUCAUUCUUUAAAGUAUUUUUAAGGACUAAAGUUUGUUUCCUUGGUCAUCCUUAAACCUUAGUGUCCUAAAGCACUGACAUUUUUAAAUAUCCGUAUCGGCUAAAAUGAAUCUGAAUAUCGGCAUAUUGAAUAUUGGCAGAAAUCCAAUAUCAUGCAUCCCUAGAAUGGAACACUGGUGAUGUAACAUUCCUUUCCUGUUGACCUGCUGCAGAUGUUGUGAGAAAAAGAAUGUUACAUUACCAGUGCUCUGUUCUUUGACCUUCCUGUGUUGAUCAGGACAGAAGACAGGAAGAUGAAGGAUGAACCGUUACUGUUUUUGGUUAAAAUAAAGGAAUUCUUUUCAGUUUCCUGAUUCCCACUAAUGUAUAAACUUCCAGGCCAGGGGCGGGGUUUUCCAUGUUUUGUGUUUUCCUAUAUUUGAACAGUACCUGGGAGACGGAUCGAUUCUUGAUUCUGAUUUUCUCAUUUCAACCAGAAAUCCACUGACCUGAAAAAUCCACUGACCUUUCCCAUUUCUGUUGUUUUUAAGGCUCAUUAAGGCUUACCCUCAAAUUCCACAUACUCUGCAUUCUCUGGUCAACCUGAAGUCUGCAUCACAUGUCCUGGUCUGUCAGGAUUCAGAGAUCAGAGUCAGGAUUCAGAGAUCAGAGUCAGGAUUCAGAGACCAGAGUCAGGAUUCAGAGAUCAGAGUCAGGAUUCAGAGACCAGAGUCAGGA